AUCUAAUCGACACACACACAAAAAUAACAUGUUAAGAUGUUGCAUUUUGGUAUGAGUACAAUGAUGAAAUAAGACGCACUACGUGCAAAAAAGUACUGAUAUACCUAAUUUUGUUCGUUUGGCACUUGAACGACAUACAAAUAAUGAAACAAACGUGCUCACUGUAUUCACCAGCUUAGGUAGAUGAUUUCUACAUCCUAUUUUAUUGUGAAAUGUGUACCGGAAGUUGUGUCUGGUUCACCGCAGGGCAGCUUGAUGCUUGUCAUGUCGACGUCGCUACCGUGGAAACCACAACCGAGCAGUCUAGCGGCAGUCGAUCCUCCCAUCAGUCCGCACGUCCAUCCGCUGAUCCCCCAAAACAUGGACGCCGCCAACUGAGUGGAGGAGACGAGCAGAAUCGUCGGAAGGCUUGAGAAGGAGGCAUCAGCGAAAAGCCAGGCGGCCAGCAUGCCGCUGGUGAAGAGAAGCAUCGAGCCGAGGCACCUGUGCCGCGGAGCGCUGCCGCACGGUGUGACCAGUGAGCUGGAAUGUGUCACCAACAGCACGCUCGCCGCCAUCAUCAAGCAGCUGGGAGGCCUCAGUCGCCACGCCGAGGACAUUUUCGGCGAGCUCUUCAAUGAAGCAAACAGCUUCUACCUGAGGAUGAGCAGCCUGCAGGAACGCGUCGACCAACUGGCGGUCAAAGUCACUCAGCUCGACUCCACGGUGGAAGAAGUGUCCCUGCAGGACAUCAACAUGAGGAAGGCCUUCAAGAGCAGUACCAUCCAAGACCAGCAGGUGGUGUCCAGGACGUCGGUGCCCAACCCGGUGGUGGAGAUGUACCGUCGCUGUGACAAACCUCCUCCGCUCAACAUCCUCAGCCCCUACAGAGACGACAAGAAGGACGCGCUCAAGUUCUACACGGACUCGUCCUACUUCUUCAACUUGUGGAAGGAGAAGAUGCUGCAGGCCACCGAGGACAAGCGCAAGGAGAAGAGGCGGCAGAAAGGCUGUCCGGCCCAUCCAGACAGGUCCCACUCCAGACAGGCCCCACCCAGGAGCCCCCUGUCCAUCUCUCAGGAGCAGCAGAGGCAGGUGGACGACCCAGGCCGAGAAGUGAAAAAGGUGCGCAAGGCUCGUAACCGGCGCCAGGAGUGGAAUGUGCUGGCCUACGACAAGGAGUUCCGACCCGAUGCCAGGCUCACGCCCUCCCCUUACCAUGGCACGUCCCCCGAGGGCUCCUUGUCACCUGAUAGCAGGUCCGCGGCCUCCGACUCGUACCCCGCCAGUCCCAGCCACCCCUCGACCCAGGCCUCCGCCACAGACCGCCACAACAGGGACCACUCGGGUGCGGCCGCCCAGACCCAGUCUCUGGAUCGGGGGCUCAGGCCGGCCAACCAGCCAGCAGGAGGGGCGGGGGUGGCCGGGCGCCACGCCGCCUCCCUGGGCCGGACCCCAUCGGGUCAGGCGAGCCAGGCCGCCGGCGAUCUGACUGUCAACGGGCCCAGGCAACCGCCGCUCAAGGACUACCGCACCGGCCACGGCGGCGGCCAGCCCUCCACGAUUCCAGAGUACUACAUCCCGCCGGCGCCCCCGCCGCCUCCCCCGACCAUCCCCUCCGCUCAGACCGCCUUCGACCACACACCGGGCCCGCCCUGCGGCGCCGCCUCGGCCGUGCUCCCCGCCUCCUCUGCCCUCUCCCGUCCCUACUCGCCCUCCCCUCCUCCGCCCCCCGUCAACUAUGUCCCUUCUCCCGCCCACCCUCCAUCCGGGGCGCCACCAGCCGCUCCGCCGCCCCCUCCGCCCGGUGGUUCCAUGGGUCACCAGGCGCACCCCUCGCCAACGCGCACCGCUGUGGGUCAGGCGGCGACGAAUGCCGCGCCCUCCGCCAGGAAGGGCGCCGUGCUGGGUAUGAUCCCAAUGAGCGACGCCCGCUCCGACCUGCUGGCUGCCAUCCGAAGAGGUAUCCAGCUGAGGAAGGUGCAGGAGCAGAGGGAGCAGGAGGCCAAGCGCGAGCCGGUCGGCAACGAUGUGGCCACCAUCUUGUCUCGACGCAUCGCCGUGGAGUACAGCGAGUCCGACGACGACUCCGAGCUGGAUGAGAACGAGUGGUCCGACUAAAAAUCCGUUUUGCUUCAGUGAGGCGCCGCGCACGUUGUCGACAGGUUUUCUCCUUUAAAUACCAACUGUUGAAAAGUUUGAGGUCAUGUUUUGCGGGGGCGGGGGUGAUGAAAAGCACUUUGUUUUCUUCAAUGCAGAUAAUAUUAAAUAGAGUGGGCCCCAGCACACCUGUGGUUUGCCACCCGAGGAUUCACAUAUCGGUCGAUUUAUCUGUUUUUUUUUGUUUU